AUGAAGAUCGAUUAUUUAGCAGAUAAAUAUUUCACCCCAAAUGCUGGCCCUUCUAAUCGGCUGAAAAAAGCCAAAACUGAAAAUCUGACAAUUAACGACGUUUCCACUCUAGAUCACGCUACUAGUGACUUUUUAAUCUCCGCUGAGCGAAACGUUUACGGAAUUAUGUUCACGCGGUUCAUUUUGCGGAACAUGGAGAACAAUCAAACACUUAUCGACGUCGGAAUUCCAAAAGAUGAGACCGAUUUGAAGUAUUCAGACGAAAACGCCUCACGUUUCGAAUAG